GCCUGGAAGUGAAACGCCGUCCCUGCUUCCUCAAUUUCCCACAACAACAACAACAACAACGCCACUCCGUCUCUCUUAGAGUGAGAAGACCUCAGCACUCCCACAGGUGUUUCUCUUAUUUUGAAAAGCCAGAGAAUUACAGGUGUCACAGCGGCUGUUUGACCGGACUGAGGAGGAGGAGGUGGUGGUGUCCGGGCCUGAGAAGAGCUGGAGCACGCGCUGAGGCCUGACCACACAGGACCCGCCGUCAGACACGCCGCAUGGUGACCUAACAGAGAGGGGCAUCGCAGGCAUGUGUUGCGACAACCUGGAGGAGCCGCUGGAGCUGAUGAGGAUGGGUCUGAGCGUGAUCCUCGUCGGUCACGUCAACUUCCUGAUGGGGGCGCUGGUGCACGGCAUCGUGCUCCGGCAAAUCAACCUGCACGAGAAGGCGCGAGGCAUGGUCUACGCCAUCUCCAACGUGGUCACGCUCUUCUCCGGCAUUUUGGGUGUCAUCGUUGGGAUCCUCGCUAUUAUCCUGUCGAAAAACAAGAAGAGCAAACGCCUGACGUGGUCCUUAUUCUCCAUCAGUCUGGUUUCGUCGCUCAUGGCAGGAGGUUCCACCAUUGGGCUCUUCGUGUCUCUAGUGAAGACCAUCAUCAACGGCAGGCGGGUUCUCCUGACUCACUGCCGCUUUCCCGUUGCCAUAGGCUACUCCAGCGUUACCAAUGAGUGUCCUUUUGACCCCACCCGUGUCUAUAGUACCACUAUUAUCCUCUGGGUUGGUCUGAUUGUAUCGUGCAGCAUUCAGAUGGUAUUUUCUGCUCGAUGCCUUGCUGCCUGUGCUUCCUUCUUGGGACUGCCUGGUUGCCCCAAAAGCAGGAGACAUAAAAAAACCUAUACCAGACCCAUCAAUGUGGCAAAGUCGGCGAAGGAAACUUCUCAACCUCACCACACCGAGCCCCCAAGAAGGCAACACAACCCUUCACGAGUCUACACUGAACCUCCCAGAGUCCGCAAUACGUCACCUAGACGUCACACAGAACAACCAAGAUGCCACGAGGAACGUUCACAAUUCUACUCCAACCCUCCUAGAGACCACAGUAAACCAACCAGGCAUCAUAAAGACCCCCCAAGAAGCAACCACAAACCAUCAAGGCACCCCACUGCGCCUCCAAGACUGGAGCGCCACUCUCCUCACAGGCCUCUUCCUUCCCGCAAUCAGAGUCUUCCCACGUUAGAGAGGCAGCCUCUUCGGGAAUUUCACCGAGACUGGUCGGACGUAGAACGCCAAGAAAUGAGGAGUUGCAGUCAACAAAGAGGGCGGAGGGAGCACCACAACCUGAGGAGGGGUUCAUCUGACAGGUCCAGUGUUUGGAUAUAGUUCUUUGUGAGGCCAAAUUGUCUUUAAGUACACUUUACUUGUUGCUGCAGUAGCAGUCAAGUGUCCAGCAUCACACAGACUCCAUUUAUUCCAUCUGUGUGGAAUAAAUCGGCUUUCAAAAGUCGUGUCCUUAUUGAAUGGAGACAUUUUUUAUUUUCAUAGGGAAUUUUCAGGAUGUUUGGGAAGGACAGGAAGUUUGUACAAGAUGCAGCAUACGGGGCGUGUUAUUGCUCAUCUUUCUAUUUGUAAUGGUUGGAUUAUAUUAGAGAAAACUGCACUUAAUACUUUAAACUGAGAACCUGCCAAUGUCCAUAGAAAGGCUUGACGGCAUGUUUUAUUUUCAGCUAUGAACUGAAAGAUUAAACGCCUUGCUGAAAAAUAAGGUUAGCCAAAUGUGCCAGAGAGUACUUUCAGAGAUAGCUUAGCCUCUAUGCUAACUUUAGCUGCUAGCAAGCUGGUUCUUUCUUGAGGACCAGAACCAGCAAUAUUUUUGUUUUCAUCAUGAAAAUCUUUUUCGAUUUUUUUAAUGAUUUUUUUUUUGUUUGAAACAAAGUUGUACCAAAUGCUGCUAAGAAAUGAUGGCUGAGCUGGACUCAACUAUGCUUAGCUUGACUUGAUGCACCAAAAGCCAGUCAGGCAAGGCCUGCACACCACAAAAACAGAGUAUUUAGUUAUUUUCCUUAAGGUGGUCCUGUCUGAUGAGGACAUUUAAUACUUCAAAAGAACUCAAGUGGAAAACUCUUGGGGAAUUUUCCUAAGGUCCCUCCCAUUGCCACGUGUCGGUGUUGUGUUGUAACCCACUUCAGGUUUCUGAGCAAUCCCACGAUAGUGCUUAGAGACGACACAAAAAUCAAGUUUAGAGCACAUUGUAUGUCAAGGACAAAUUGCAAGAACACCCAAAUCGUGCCUACAAGAACAGAAUGUCAUUUUGUUAUUGUAUCCUGGGGGAGAUGGAACACAUUUUCUGUCCAGACAGAACAUGUACAGGCCGAAACAUAAACUGUCCCAGCAAGUCAUUAAUGCACACUUAUUGAUAGUGUUAUGUAACCCAAAGCAUAAAUGGCUAACUUAGUCAUGUUUUGCUAAGUCUUCACAGACUAGAUUUCUAAUAAAAAGAGCUACAUAUUAUUACAAAUGUCAAUCUUAACACAAAUUUAAAGGGCAAAAGUUUUGCUACGUGUCCAUGGUAAACAAACUAAGUGAAUGGUUUGCUGCAGUUAAGUGAAAGGAGGCCUUAUGAGAUAAUAAACACUCUGUGCUAGGUUUAGUUGUUAGCGUGGUUAGCAAGAAAGUUCUUUACAACGCUCCACAAAAACAAACUUGUUUGUUCACCCAGAGCCUCAAGAACUGUCCAACAAUUACUGUGGUGAUGUGAGAAGUGGGAGUGGAUAUUCUGUUGACAAAUCAUACUGUGGGAGGGACAUGAGAGGAAUUACCAAGAGUUAUGUACUUGAUUUCUUCUCAAUGUCUUUACCAGAAAGAAUUUAGUUUUUGUUCUUGAGUAAACUAACUUUGUUUUAACUCAUGUGGAGUGUGUACAUGUGUUACAACCAGCAAAGUUAAACGUUUUUUUUUCUUUUUUGUUGUUGCCACAGAAGCAUUAUCUAGUGACGUAUUGUGUUUAUUACUUUUUGAUACUUGACAUAUGAUAGCAGAGCUGGACUCAAUUUGGUUUAGCUUGACUGGAUACUUUUGAACAUUUGAGAGCUUUCUACAAUUUUACUAUUGUUGCCACGAGGAUAAAUGUUUAAAUUAGUGGCGUUCUCCUGUUGGGCUAACUCACCUGUUGUUUUACUGCCUCGUUGAUUGUAAUGUGAACAGUUUUUAUUUUUUCAACAAUAUUCUCAUCCCCAAAGUUAUGAAUUAUUCUCACCCACCCUCCCAACAUUUGAUUUUACAAACAAGUACUGAAGCGCUACAUUCCUAAUCUGUGAGUUCAUUCAACCUUUAAACCCUGGGAAAGUUUGUUUUUUACUGACUGCAUGAGAUUUAAGUAACUGAAUAUUUUUACGUUGAAAAUUAAAUUCUGUUACAGGCAAUACGGAAAGUAUUUGAUGUGUGUAUUUCUUAUUUAAAUAAAUCUUUGUGUAUUCAGGUACAGCUUGCAUGUGUUUACAGUCUGAAUAGUGUUUUCUUUCAGCGUGCCAGUGACCUGACAGGUACGACUGGUUGGACUCCAAACGGGUAAAAAACAGAAAGCUGGCAAGUUGCUACGUUCAAUCCUGUCUGGUGUGUCUUAAUAAAGCCCUUUUAAUAAUUUUUGAAACGUGGGAUGACGACGACGUUCUUCGGCGCGGAAGUGAGGACGCGGUCGACACAUGCUGCUUCGAAACACACGGGGUAUAUUUUAAUAUCUUUUUAAUGUCAGGUUCAACAGAACAAACAUUGCAUCCUCGUACGAGGUUUUCAUGCAACAGAAAAGUAGUGCAGGAAUAGGGGAAGGAUAAAAGAGGAGGAGGGGCUUAUUUUAUUUUCUUCAAGACAAGAUACAAGUUCGUUGUAAGAGGCAGUGAUAAUAGAAACACAACAAAAUAGGAAUAAACUGUAGUGGGUCAGGAAAUUCUGACUGUUUCUUAUCCUACCAGCAGAAGGCAGUGAUACUUAAGGAUCCCCAAAGCAGAGAUGCUGCUGGAUAGGCAGUUCCUGUUCAAAACAUUUGGUACAAGCUGACUUUUUUUAGAUCCAUGUCAGAGCAGUUGGACGCGGUGGCGAUCAAUUAAAUAUUGAAUAAAACUAAAACGGUAAAGAUAAAUUGAUUUGACAGAGUAAAAUACAUUCUUUGCAUUGAGAGGGCAACUGUAAUCUGGAUGCACUGUGAGACGUUUCAGAGUGGUUCCGGCACCGAUGUCUUGUUAAAACUUUCAACAACCCACAUUUUGAGGUGUUUUUUCUUGCUGUCAAUUAGGUGCCCUAAACAUGAACCUUAAAGUACCAAUGAAAACUGAAUCGCCCUUGAAAUCCCCAGACGAGAACAAGUGUACGGCAUCCUUUGUUCUCCUGAAACGAGCCUUUUCGUGCGACUGCUCUGCAAGCAGACCAAUCUGGGCGCUCGGAAAAGCGUUCAGCAUAAGAGUGAUGAACAAGCCCUUAGUGAGUUCUCUGUCUGUCAGAGGGAGAAAAACAGAUUGGAUGGAGGGAGCGGAGGGAAGUGGAGGCUGCUCCACAGCUCUGAGGAAUACUCAUUUUUGAGAGCUGCAGAGCUCCAAAAAUGUAUCGUCCUGCAUAAACUGUGGUUGUGAAAGUAGCCCGUGUCUUGCUUGUGGGAUCAUGCAUUAUAGUAACAGGUUACAACUAUCUUAAGUUUACUGCUCGAUAUUAAAGAAUUCUAACAUACUUACAGUAACUUGCAAAAUUGUUCGUACCUCAUUAACUUUUCUUUUUUUUUUUUGAUUUUGACACAUUACAACCACAAACUGCAAUGUACUUUAUUGGGAUUGUACGCGACAGAUCAAAACAAAAGUUGCGCAUAAUUGUGAAGUGGAAGAAAACCAUAGGACGCCAACAAUUUCCUUCCAUCAUCACCACCAUGUUGUCUGUUUUAAUCGAACUCUACGUCGUUUGCCUGUACAGUCCGGUUCGAUUCAGGAGGAGCGAAUGGGCAAUCGAACUCUGCUCCGUCUAAAAACCUAGACAUCGUUUUGGUUGAAGUGAACUCUGGUGCGGUUCGAAUGGAUUUGUGAACGACAAGCAAACCAGAGACCGCUACAAAAGUAGGAAGCAGAUUAUAGCGCAUGGCAUUCUGGGUAAAUGCAACCAAAGCAAACGCAAGAGUCGAACACUAGCAGGAGAAAUGGCCUGUAGUCUUUUACCAACAACCAAAGUGAAAUUUUACAACCACUUAAAUCAGACGCUACCCCAUUUUUGUUUACGUUCUCUAAAGUUGCACACAGAGAAUUUUGUUAAAUGGGGGAAUUUAUUCAAAAUAGUGAUAAUAUUGAUGCCUGUAUCACAUCAAUACUAGCCUGGCAGGUACUUUAGAUUAAUAUCCCCACUUGAAAUUUCACAUUUUUGUAUUGUAGUUUCUCAACUCUACCUUAAAACAGAUUUUGUUUCAAUUUGCUCCCAAAUGACAAUUUUCUUUUGCCAUUUCUUUAGUAAAAAAAAAAAAAAAAAAAAAGACUUGCCCAAAUCCUGCCCUAGCUUUUAAGAAACAUAAUUCACAGGAAAAACUACAAAAAUGUUCUUACAGUCAUAAGUUUGACAAUGUUAGAAAAAUGCAGCAUCGCUCACCUCUAGUUUUUGAGUGUUUCCGCCAGUGAUUCUUGUUGCAGCGCUACCACAGGCGAGGAGGUGAACAGGUUUUUCAAAGCGUUUGGUUCCUUUCCCAGCGCAGUAUCAAAGCAAACGGAACCAUCUGAAAAUGGAACAAAUGCUCCCCACUCAACUCGAGUACCAGACUGUUAUUUUUCUAACGCCACCUAAACUGACGGUCAAAAGAGGAGCGUCGAUCAAGAGAAGUAACUUUGGAGAUGCUGGAGAAAUCUAGCCAGCAAGAUUAGAGAAGACAAAAAAAAAACACUUAAGUUUUUAGCUUAUACUUAAGUAUUACACUUAUUUUUUUUUCCAUUUUUUUUGGUUGUAACAUGAGAAAAUGUGAAAAGCUUCAAAGGGAUGCGAAUAUUUUCGUUUUUGCAAGAUACUGUAUUAUUAAGAAAACAACACAACAAGGUAAUACUGUAAAAGUUAGCUUCAAGCACACAGUCAGAAUUCACACAUGCACACGCACACACACACACACACACACACACACAUUCAGAUUGAAAGCACAGCCGUACUCUGUAAAUACAUGGCGGUAAAACAACGAUAUGUGCUACUGGUGCUGUUGAUCGGAUGCAUCAUGAGAUCCUCUUAUUUCACUGGGAAUUAAUAUCCUUCAUUUUGAGCAAAAUCCAUUAAAAAAAA